UCAAAGCAACGCCAUCCGAUGCCUCUCUGUUUCCUUUCCAUCUCAUAACGCCGACAACUCACUCGACUAGUCGACUUCCCUUCCACUCUUCCGUCGCUUCCUUCCUUCCUUCCUUCCUUCCGUAACGCUUCGAUUUCAUUAGGUUUCCCGUCGGCGAAGGAUCGGAUCUCGGACGUGUACGACUUCCCGAUCCGAUCGGGUUGUUCUUCGAUUGGAUAGGUGGUUUUGCUGGAAUUCGUGAGAGGAGAGGCGGAAGGCGGGGAUGGGGCUGCUCUCUGGGUUGGUCAUGGGGGCGAUUGUCGGGAUCGCGCUGAUGGCCGGGUGGGCACGCAUGAUGAGGCGUCGCAGCUCUAAACGCGUCUCCAAGGCUGCUGACAUAAAACUUCUUGGGUCUCUAACAAGGGAUGACCUGAAGAAACUUUGUGGUGAUAAUUACCCUGAAUGGAUUUCAUUUCCUGCGUUUGAACAGGUGAAAUGGCUAAACAAGAUGUUGGGUAAAUUGUGGCCUUAUAUUGCAGAUGCAGCAACACUGGUAAUUAGGGAAACAGUUGAACCAUUACUGGAUGAUUACCGUCCUGCAGGAAUAACUUCACUUAAGUUUAGCAAGCUAUCUCUCGGGACAGUGCCACCUAAAAUUGAAGGUAUCCGAGUUCAAAGUCUCAAGAAAAGUCAAAUUACAAUGGAUAUAGAUUUCCGAUGGGGUGGAGAUUUAAGCAUAAUUCUUGCAGUUGAAGCACUUGUUGCAUCACUUCCUAUUCAGUUAAAAGAUCUCCAGGUCUUUACGGUCAUUCGUGUUAUAUUUCAACUUUCUGAAGAGAUACCCUGCAUUUCUGCUGUUGUUGUUGCACUUCUUGCUGAGCCAAAGCCUAGAAUAGAUUAUACAUUGAAGGCUGUGGGAGGGAGCCUCACUGCAAUUCCUGGCCUUUCAGACAUGAUUGAUGAUACUGUCACUUCAAUUGUCACUGACAUGCUUGAAUGGCCCCACAGAAUUGUUGUUCCACUCGGUGGAGUAGAUGUUGAUGUUAGCGAGCUAGAGCUUAAACCACAAGGAAAACUCACAGUAACAGUUGUCAGAGCAAAUAGUCUAAAGAAUCAAGAAUUAGUGGGAAAAUCUGAUCCAUAUGUGGUUUUAUAUGUUCGCCCAGUAUUCAAAGUGAAAACAAAGGUAGUCGACGACAAUCUCAGCCCUGUAUGGAAUGAAACAUUUGAACUGCUUGCUGAAGACAAGGAAACACAAUCUAUUAUUUUUGAGGUUUACGAUGAAGACAAUCUUCAACAAGACAAGAAAAUGGGAAUCGCAAAAUUAGGCUUGCAAGAAUUGGAACCUGAUGUCACAAAAGAAAUUGAACUAAACUUGCUUGCAUCACUAGAUACACUAAAGGUCAAGGAUAAAAAGGACAGAGGGAGUCUUACCAUAAAGGUACUGUACCAUCCAUUCACAAAGGAGGAGCAGCUGGCGGCGCUGGAGGAAGAAAAGAGGAUUUUGGAGGAGAGGAAGAAAAUGAAGGAAGCUGGGCUCAUCGGAAGCACGAUGGACGCACUCGGCGGCGCAGCUUCCCUAGUCGGUUCAGGGGUCGGGCUGGUCGGCACCGGCAUCGGAGCAGGCGCCGGGCUGGUCGGCUCCGGUAUCGGUGCAGGCGUCGGUCUGGUUGGCUCCGGCCUCGGCGCUGGCGUCGGGCUGGUCGGGAGUGGGCUAGGCGCCGUGGGCAGAGCCGGGAAGUUCAUGGGCAAGAAUGUGACGAGCCAGUUCAGCAGCUCCAAGAAGAAUGGCCACACUGAUGCGAGUGCAAGUUGACAACCUCAAAUUUCUUCACGGAUGGCGGUCGAUGCGACAGUGUGAUAUGUGCAAAUGUUCAAUUCGGUUUCUUCUAUGUAUGAAUGAUUCGUAGCUGUUGAGAGUCCGAGGUUCGAUCUUCGUUCUUCGAUGUAAUAUUAGUAGCUGAAGUGGUUCAAUUUCCCAAGAGUCUGAAGUAACUAAACAUGAACCGAGUUGUAAACAGUUAGAGCUAUUGGAUAGGCCAUGCAUAGUGGUCCGUCAAAAUUCUUUAUA